AUGAUGGAGGCGCUCUCUCGGUCUCUUGGUUCCUUGAAUCUCACUGUACCCAUUCCCGAAGUGAAGGACGCAGAACUGCUUGCUAACCCCCUCGACGUGUAUCGUACAUAUCUAGCUGAAAUAUUGACAAAAGCCGUGGGCUCUGACAUCGAUGCAGCCUACAAGUCGAUUCAAUGGCCGAACAACAUUUCUAAUGGAGAUCUGGCUGUCAUACUUCCGAAGCUCCGGCCUGGUGCUAAAGCUGACGAAAUAGCUGCCGAGCUUAUGAAGAAGUUCCCAAGCGACCACCCUCUCUUUCACCUACCCAUCCUGGAAGGCGUUCAUUUUCGCGUCUUUGUGAAGUCGGAGUCGCUGUCCUGCCUCCUCCUGCCGCGCAUCAUAGGUCAGAAGGAUUCGUACGGCUCUAUCCCAUUGUCGAACGGUGGGAACAAGAGGCUUGUAGUUGAGCUCUCAUCUCCGAACAUCACCAGCGAGUUUCAGGGAAAGCAUCUACGAAGCACCCUUGUUGGCGCGUUUAUCGGCCGGUUGCACGAGUUGGUAGGAUGGGACGUGACGCGCGUCAACUAUCUCGGAGACUGGGGCAAGCCUAUCGCUUUGUUGUACGUCGGAUGGUCAAAGUAUGGCUCGGAAAAGAUAUACGAGGCAGACCCCGUCGGUCACCUCCUGGAGGUUUACCAUAAGAUAGAAGAAGACUUUAAGCCAGAGCAGGCUGCGAGUAAGCAAGCGCGCGACGAAGUAGCGAAGGAAGGUGAAGACAAGGGAGAGGCACAGGUCGAGAUCGAAAGUAAGGGCAUCUUUGCGGAACGCAACGAAGCAUUCAAGAAGCUUGAGGAGGGUGACGAAGAACUAGUGGCGUUUUGGAAGCGAGUGAGAGACGUCAACAUCGACAAUUAUACCAAGUUCUACGAGAGACUAGGCGUGCGCUUCGAUGAAUACUCGGGCGAGUCGCAGAUCAGUCCCGGUACCAUGGUCGAGGUCGAACAGAUGUUGAUGGAGAAGGGAAUAUCAGAGGAGAGUGGAGGUUCUCAGAUUAUCCACAUGCAGAACCUAGGUGCGAAGUCUGGUACAGCCAUCAUCCGCGAUCGCUCCGGUAGCAGCACUUAUCUCCUCCGGGACCUCGCUGCCGUCCUCGAACGGUCGAGAAAAUAUUCGUUCGACAAGAUGAUAUACGUGGUGGCCAGUGACAACAGUGUGCAUUUCACACAGCUCAUCAAGGUUUUGGAAGCACUUGAUAUGAAAGAGCUCGCUAGCAAGCUACACCACGUCAAGUUCAGUGAGGUAUCGAAGAUGGCUGCGACGCUUGGGAGAGGUUACAAGCCACAGGGCAUACUGGAUGCUUGUGAGGAGGCGAUGACAACUUUCUCGGAAGCUGAUGCUGAGAAGCUUGAAACGAUUGGCAGUCCCAACGAUACCAAAGAAGGGUUGGCGACAUCUGCACUGCUUGUGCAAGAGCUCUCGACUCGUCUAACCACCACACACGCCUUCGAUACGAGCACGAUGGCUUCCUUCAAGCUCGGAUCAGGACCGGACUUGCAGUACUGGCUGGCCAAACUCCGUCUGCUACUGAAAGGUGUCGAAUCUGCAGCUGAACUGUCAGACGAGGACUAUGAGGCAUUGACUGAAGAUGACCCAGCCAAUCUCUUGCGCGUUUUGGCUCAGUAUCCCGAGGUUGUCAAUGCGACAUAUCACUCCCUCGAGUCGGCUGGUGUCGUUACGUAUCUCUCUAGUGUGACUGACCAACUUGCCGAGUGCUUCGCGGAAGAUGAAGAUGAAGAUGCUGAGGGUGAAAAAGAUACCAAGGUGACUCCUGGGUUCGCUGCAUUGUAUGAAGCGACUGCAGUCGUUUUGGAGAAUGGCAUGAAGCUGCUGGGACUGGCUCCGCUUGCGCAGUCGCUACCUGAGAGGGCGGAUACACCUGUGAUGGGUUGA